CAAACACCUUGUUCUGCGUUAUGAAAUGUAGAUAAUCCAAAGUGAUAGGGAUAUUUUGAUAAGGGUAUUUCGACACACGAUGAAUUUAUUUCUUUUCUAAAUUGAUUAAUUACUAUUUCGCGCAGUAUAAACUUGUUGCAUAAUAUCUACUACAACUGUUCAUUAAAUAAUUUCUGAAUUUUUUUUCCACCUUAAUUUUAGUGCCCGAAUAUGCUAAUAUCAGAAGUAACUUAUAUUAUCGCAACAUUGCUACAUACACUGUACCAUUUUUUAUCUAAAUAGUGCGCUGUAUUGGUAUUUCUUAAUCUGGGGGUUUUUCAUUUUUUACUAAACAUUUUUAUUCGCUUAGAUAAAUCAAAAUUAAUCACAUAUCGAUUUGUGCUGUUCACAGGAACUUCGUCAGGAUGGAUCCUAUAGGAGCCAGCUGUCUGAGUUUAUUUAAACCGGCAAAGAAGAAUUGUAAUGAUGCGGUGGAGGAAAAACACAAAAAUACCAAAGAUGACGGUCUAAGAGAAAUGAUAGCAAGUUGUAAAUCUCUUAGUCAAUAUGAAGGGAAAACUUUUAAAAGUUUGUUACCACAGAUUUUAGCAUCACUAUUAGCAGCUAGUUUCCACAUAGGUAACGGAAUCUCAUUAGCUUACUCUGCUGUGUUGAUCUCACAACUAGAGCAACCUGAUAGUCCCUUUAAACCUACUAAAACGCAAAAUUCCUGGAUGGCAAGUGUUUUAAUAGUAAUAAUACCACCUGCCUCAAUAUUUAGUGGAAUUAUAAUGGAUAAUCUGGGCAGACUUAAUUGCAUAAAAAUUGCUGGGUUACCUGGAGUGGCUGGAUGGUCUCUGAUUGCUCUGGCAAACGAUGUACCCACAAUUAUUGCUGGUAGAUUGUUAGUUGGAAUUUCCUCAGCCUGGGGUACAAGUCCUGGUAUCGUCUACAUAACUGAAAUCGCAAACUCGAAUCUAAGAAUGUCACUAAUGGCAAUAGCUCCUGCGUACGUGUCGCUAGGUAUGGUCUUAACAUAUAUGCUUGGAUGGUACUUGCAUUGGCGUACCUUAGCUUGGAUCUGUAACGUGUUCAUCAUCGUUCCUUGCUUAGUCUGUAUUAUUAUCCAUGAGAGCCCAUCAUGGCUGAUUCUUAAAGGAAAAUAUGAUCAAGCUAAGAAAAGCUUAAACUGGAUCCACAAGUAUCAAAAAAAGCCUGGUGAGCAAGAGACCUAUGCAGAUUUGCAAUAUAAAAUUCUUCAAGAAGAGCAAGAAAAGAAGAAAAUUGAAUUAGCAAAACAAAAAAGUCAGAAAGGAAUAAGAUUUAUUAUGCAGGAGUUCUUAAAACCCACGGGUUGGAAGCCUUUGCUGAUAUUAACUGGGUUGUUCUUCUUCCAACAUUUCUCAGGAAUUUAUAUUACGAUGUUCUACAGUAUUAGUUUUAUACAGGAAGCUGGUAGCAGUAUUGACGGUUACCUGGCAUCCAUAAUGAUAGGCAUUGUGCGUUUGAUAAUGUCUGUGGCGAGCAUUUACAUACUUAAGGGCUUUAGAAGAAGAUCCUUAAUUUUUAUUAGUUGUUCUCUUAUGGCUAGUUGCAUGUUUGUUGCUGGUUUAUGGACCAGAUGGAUACAAGAAGGAAGUACUGAAAUGCGAUGGGUUCCCGUAGCAGCCCUACUGUUUUAUGUAGUAGCCUCAACCCUGGGACUUCUACCGAUUCCCAACAUGAUGAUUGCUGAGCUGUUCCCCUUGGAAAUUCGUGGAAUCGGAUACUCCGUCAGUUACAGUUUAUGCUGCGUACUCAUGUUUGUUGCUUUACAAAGUUACUACAACAUGAAUGAGUUGUUUAACGGCUCCAGCAAUUUACAAUGGUUCUUUGGCAUUGUUUGCCUGGGUGGAGCGGUAUAUUCUUAUAUAUUUUUGCCAGAAACGUUUAAAUUAAAGCUAGAAGAUAUUACUGAGUAUUUUAAAACGAGGUUUGUCUAUAUCGGACAUAAUCGUAAGAAAUUGACUAAAGAUGAAGCAGAUGAGAAAAUGUUAAAAGAGAAUAAUGUGAAUAAUAAUGAAAAUCUGCAUGAGACUGUUUAAUUUAAUUGUAUACCCGUUAGCUCGUAAGGUGAAGUAAUUUUUAUCAUGUGUCAUAUUAUGUAUAUUAUUUUUCUAUUUAUUCUUAGUUGUUCCUUUAAGUUGCCGUACUUAAAAAAAAUAAGUACUUGAAUAAAUAUAUUAUCAAAAAAUUGCA